UCGUGCGCACUUCUGAAAGGGGGAACACUCGUUCCGCCCCUCAGUAACGCUUUCCUUGUCUUAUAGACACUUUGAUUUUUUUAACUGAAGAAAAAAACAACAACGCUGCCGCAGUAUCAUGACGAACCGGGGCAUCCCCGAGCCCUGUGGAUUUUGAGGCCGACCGAAGCCCCAUCUCGCACGGUCAAGAAGACCUUGCCUCUCCAUCCCGGUGUGGUCGGGGGAGACGGAACGUCAAGGAGCCCAGGAGAAACACAUAGCUACGCCAGAGACACCGGACCCGCGACCGAGACAGAACGACGGAAAAUGGCUUCGUCAAGUAGCACGUCUCCGGAAGGAGGGACACCGCCGCACAAGAACCGCAUUCGGCAGUCUGACAGUAACACUAGUUUCCUGCGUGCUGCGAGGGCGGGGAACCUGGACAAGGUUCUGGAGUUCCUGAAAGACGGAGUUGACAUCAGUACCUGUAACCAGAACGGUCUGAAUGCGCUGCACCUGGCAGCUAAGGAGGGCCAUGAGGACCUGGUGGAAGAACUACUGGAGAGAGGCUCCGCCGUCGACUCUGCUACUAAGAAAGGGAACACAGCCCUCCACAUCGCCUCAUUGGCCGGACAGAAGGAAGUGGCUCGACUGCUGCUGAAGAGAGGAGCCGACAUCAACGCCCAAUCACAGAAUGGCUUCACUCCUCUCUACAUGGCAGCCAGGAGAACCACCUGGAGGUGGUCAGAUACCUGCUGGAGAAUGGAGGCAACCAGAGCGCUGCUACUGAG